AUGAAAUUCUUUGCUGGAUUAGUUUUAUUAUCCCUUUGUUUGGCAAUUGGAAGCGCUGCCCCAACUACAUUGGAGAAUGGUGUCUACACUGGUACUUUGUCCAACUGUACUGCCAAGCUUGGAGAUUUCAAGUUCGUCGUUGAAAACAAAAAUAUGUCAUCAAGUGCUGUUUCUGGUGGCCUUACAGCUUUCCACGAUAUGUCCUUCCAAAUUGUAAACAACACCCUCACCACUCAAUCUAAAGGAUGUUGGGACUUCAAGAAUACCAAUAACAACUGGAUCUUCUACAUUCCAAACAACGGAUCAAAGACUUGCUUAGGUCAAACCUGUACCCAAUCCUACAUUGCCAAUGUUACCUACAGUGACUCUUCUAUGAUCAAGAUUCCAAUUUUCGGAUUGUUCUUCUUCUUGGCUAUUACUUUAUUAAUUUAA